UUUCUAUAAUUAUUGCACUCGGUAUAUCCGAAAUAUACCAAUUGAUCAAUAAGUAAGUUCAGUGUGCGAAUUGGUGAGUGAAGUGUUGAUAAAUAUCAGUGCCAUAGAGAAAAUGUUGGGAAGGAUUUUGGUUUUAAGCGUUUGUUUAAGCCAUGCUCUUGCGUGGGAAAAUUUACCUCAACUGCCAUCGAACAGACGAUCUCAGUACUAUCUUCAAGAAGCCGAUGGAGGUUACAAGUACGGAUUUGAUACGGGAACAAAUUUCUUCGCUAAACAAUCAGGAAACGCCCAAAAUCAAGUUGAGGGUCAUUUCAAAUAUAGUUUGAACGGCGGUAAAACUGUUGACGUCAAGUAUACAUCUGGAGUGCAAGGCUUUGUUCCAAGUGGAUUAGAUGGACAAACUGCACCGUCGAACUCCUACGCACCCCAAUAUAAUGGAGCAAGAUCUUAUAGUCAAAGCGGAUCCGGUUCCGGUAAUGCUGAUGGUUCUUACUCAUUUUCCUAUAACACUGGCGACUCAUCAAGACAAGAGUCGGCCGAUGCUCAAGGUAACGUUCGCGGAAGUUACGCAUAUACUAACUCCGCUGGAAAACAUGAUCUCAGCUAUGUAGCAGGUUCAUCCACGGGAUUUUUAGCAACCGGCGGUAGCUUAUCUAUUCCAAACGGAUUGAGUGGCCAUGGAAGUUCUUCGCCAACCAGUUACGGUUCUGGCGCUUCAGGAAGUAGUUUACCAUCUGCUCCUGGAGGUUCUACGGAUGGUUCAUAUUCUUUCUCCUACAAUACAGGAGAUUCUUCAAGAGAAGAAUCCGCUGAUUCUCAAAACAAUGUCAAAGGAAGAUACUCCUACACUAACGCAGCCGGAACUCAUGAUCUAUCAUAUGUCGCUGGUAGUCAAACCGGAUUUCUUCCAACAGGUGGUAGUUUAGCUACUCCUAAUGGUUUGGGCGGAAAAGAUAAUGGCGCACCAGGCGUUGGAAGUGGGUCUUAUCCAUCUGGAGGAUAUGGUGCAGGAAGUGCCGCUGGAAGUGGUGUUGCGGGGCCAGAUGGAUCUUAUUCUUUUUCUUACAGCACUGGCGACUCGUCAAGGGAAGAAUCUGCUGAUUCUCAAAAUAACGUUAAAGGUAGAUAUUCAUAUAAAAAUGCCGCUGGCCAUCAUGACCUCUCUUACGUUGCUGGAGCUCAGACAGGUUUCUUGCCCACUGGAGGAAGCCUUGCUACGCCUAAUGGUUUAGGUGGAAAAAACUCACCUGCUGGCACUGGCGCUCACGGAACAUCAGGAUAUGGUGCACCAAGUAGCGGAGGAGCUCCAAAUGCACCAGGCGCGGAUGGAUCGUAUUCAUUCUCUUACAACACAGGCGAUUCAUCAAGGGAAGAAUCUGCCGAUUCUAAUAACAAUGUUAGGGGCCGUUAUUCUUACACGAAUGCUGCUGGUCACCAUGACCUCUCAUAUGUGGCUGGUGCUCAAACUGGAUUUUUACCUACUGGUGGUAGUCUUGCAACUCCUAAUGGCUUAGGACAAACAGGUCCCUCAGCUGAAGGAAAUGCGCCUGGAUCUUACGGCGCACCACGUUAUGAUGCACCUAGUUCAGGAAGUUUAGGAUCUGGCGGCAGCAAUGCACUAAGCCCGGACGGAUCAUACUCUUUUUCUUACAAAACAGGCGAUUCAUCAAGGGAAGAAUCUGCAGAUUCCCAGAACAAUGUUAAAGGGCGGUAUUCAUACACCAAUUCGGCUGGACAUCACGAUCUUUCAUACGUUGCUGGAGCACAAACAGGCUUUCUUCCAACCGGUGGAAGUCUUGCCACCCCGAACGGUUUGGGUGGAAAGAGUCCACAAUCACCGUACGGAUCCGGAGUUCCAGCUACAUAUGGCUCUGGCGGUUUGAGCUUAGGUGCUGUUGGAAAAUCUGCAACAGAUGGAUCAUACUCUUUCUCGUACAGUACUGGAGAUUCCUCCAGAGAAGAAUCUGCUGAUUCUCAGAAUAACGUUAAGGGUCGUUAUGCAUAUACAAAUGCAGCAGGGCACCAUGAUCUCUCUUACGUUGCCGGAGCUGCUACAGGUUUCUUACCAACUGGUGGAAGCCUCGCAACACCAAACGGUCUUAGCGGAAAAGAAGGCACAAGUGGAAGUGGCGUAACAGCUGACUCACAAAAUAAUGUAAGAGGUAGUUAUUCAUACACAAAUAAUGCUGGAUUUCACGAUCUUUCGUACGUUGCUGGUUCACAAACUGGAUUCUUACCAACCGGAGGAAGUUUGGCAACACCAAAUGGAUUAGCCGGCAAGAAUUUUCCAUCUGGAGGUUCUGGUUCGCAAGUGAAAGGAGGUUCAUCUAAGCCAAACUCAUACACCACCGGAAAUGUUUUGGUUCAAACAUAUUUACCACCAUCGAACGGAGUCAAAUUUGGAUAUAUAUUCGAUUCUAAAUUGUAA